AUGGUAAUAAAUAGGAUGACUGACAAAAAAAAGUAUUUAGCUGAUUAUUCGUUUGAAUACUCUGUUGAUGAUGGCAAACGGUUAACUGGUUUGUUCUGGGCUGAUGGUUUAUGCAAGCUUAACUAUAUUGAAUUUGGGGAUGUGAUAUCGUUCGAUGCAACUUUCAAGACAAACAGGUACAAGAUGGUGUUUGUUCCGUUCACUGGCAUUGACAACCACUGUCGAAAUGUAACAGUUUCAGCUGGGUUGCUGGCAUCGGAGAGUAUUGAAUCAUAUAAAUGGCUUCUGGAUUCAUUUUUAAAGUCAUUUGGUCGGCAACCAAAUGUCGUAGUGACGGAUCAAGACCCUGCUAUGAAACAGACUAUUGAGGAGGUUUUCCCUAUUAGCAGACACAGAUUGUGCAUGUGGCACAUAAUGAAAAAAGUGGCAGAUAAGCAAUUAGAGAUACAUGGAACAAUUUCCGAAUGUUUGCCGAUGGACACCAAAGUUGAAGGUCCACGUAUCAGAAUAUUGUUGAAGGACUUUAAAGCACAUGGCGAUGGUUUAUUGGAGGGAAAAAAGAAGAUGAAGGGUGUCCAGAUUAAAAAUGGUGGGAGAGACAAAGACAACGAGGUUGAAGACGACGAAGAGGAAGAUGACUUUGAAGAUUACAGUAGUGAUGAUGUAUCUGAAGAAGAAGAUCAGUGGGAAGAGGUGUCUGAAGAUGACGAGGAUGAGUAG